UCUUCUUUCACUCCAUCUUUCUUUAUUCUUUGAUAUUUCUCUGUUUUUUUUUUCCAAGCAGAUGAUGUUGCUUUCUUCCUCUGUAGAUGAUGGUUCUUGUGUCUGUUUUAUAUCUAAAUUAUGAUAGAUUUUUUGAAGCACGUCUAUAUCAGACUGUGGCAUUCAUUUCUGUCUUUGGUCGGAAAAUCAGAGAUAAAUCUUUCUUGAAGAGCUACCUAUCAGAUGGGCUCAGUAGUUAAAGGCGUUUGGAAAUUGAGAGAUGAAUCUUUCAUGAAGAAUUAUCCAUCAACUGGCUCACAGUUAAGGCUUUUGGAAAUUCAAAAAUGAAUCUUUCAUGAAGAAUUAUCCACCAAACUGGUUCACAGUUAACACGUUUGGAAAUCCAAAAAUGAAUCUUUCAUGGAGUAUUAUCCAUCAAACUGGCUUGUAGUUAAGGUCUUUGGAAAUUCAAAAAUGAAUCUUUCAGGAAGAAUUUUCCAUCAAACCGGCUCAUAGUUAAAGGCGUUUGUGCCUUAUCUUAAAACGAUUGCUACUUUUAUGAUUUUCUCCUUUAUAAGUGUUUCACUCCUUGCUUUCCAGUUCCCAGUUCCCAGUUCCCGCCCCUCCCUUUCUAAAACCUAUUUACUUUAGAAAAAGAUUCGUUUUUUAUGACUUAAAUGAGUAAAGAAAGGGGAAAAAGAAGCUCAUUUUCCAUUUGUCCUCACAACUGUAGUUUAGUUUCAGGUGACCUUUCGGAACAGAAAAACCCAAAGCAUCUGUCAACAUUGUGGGGAUGUCCAGGUUUUAGGGAACCUUAGUUGGUAUUUGGUCCCUGAUCAAUAUAAAGAGAUUAGUACCCUGUUCCUUUUUUUCGCCUCUUUUUAACUAGUACUACUUUAGCAUUUAGCCAUCCUCCUAGCACUAUAGGUCUGUGAUAGUGGGUCUCACACGCGCUGGACCUUCAUUGGGAUGACAUCAUUUUGCAAACAAAAUGUAGGACUUUGUUUCUGUCAAACAAUCUAUGGGGGUGACAAGUGGGAUAAUAGUGCCUUGUGGAAGUUGUAUAGUGGCCCCUAAUGAAUGAAUACUGGGGAUGUUAUAUUGAGGUAGCCCACAUUCUUGAAUAAUGCACGCCUUAAUGAUCAUGCCAACUCCCUUUGCUUUCAUGCACAAAAAGAUAGCCACCCCACCCCCUACAGGAUUGUAGUUAAUUGGCAACCCACUUUUACGACUGAUGAUAUUGCUUAAAGUUGGUUUACUUGGACAUGAGGUUUUUUCCAGCUAAUUCAUGGAAGCUUCAAGACUACUGCUUCUUGAAGUUUGGUGUGUUGGAGUUAGGUUACUGUAGGGAGGCUAUUUUAACGUGUGUGCCAGAACCAGCAAACUUGGAGUGCCACCUCAAUCAGAAUGACUCUGUUCUGCAUUCUGUUGUAUCAGUUUUCGUGUACAAUCCCCAGUUUCACAAUGUGAUGCAAGUAACACAUACUGAGUAUCAGGCAUGCAAUGCCUCAUCCCCUAUUGCAACUCACACAACAGGCAAUGAUACAAUAACAAUUACUACUCAUGGUCACCACCUCUUUCUGUGUGGUGUACCUGGUCACUGCCAAUCUGGACAGAAGGUCGAUAUCAACGUUAUCCGAACUGCACUGGCUCCUACUCCAUCAGCGACACCAUCUCCUCCUCCUGUGCAAACGCCAGCACCAGCUCCAAAUGCUGCUUCUCCGCUUUACAAUUCAAAUAGGCUCGUCAGAGACCUUGGCACAGCUAUAGCUGUUGCUAUGAAUAUACUUUGUGGUUUUAUUUGAUAAUAGCAGGAUUUUGAGCUUAGUCUACAAGCUCUUGACAUGGAGAAGCACAUAUUUUCAAAAGAAUAUCCAUAUGAAGCCUAUAUAUCUCGUGUAUCUCGAGUCAAAUAAUUGUACCAGUCAGUACUAGUUUUCUUCUUAUGUAAGUAUAUAUGCAGCACUUUCUUGACAUUUAGAGAAAAAGAGUCCAUCCCAGAUACCUCUGUCUUGAUGGAAAUCUUCAAGUUAGUCUGAAUUGCACCCCAGUAGUUGUCCAUUGCUUUCACAUGCAUUUCAAGAAAAAUAUUGUAUCCAAAAAUAUUACGCUUAAAGCACAAAGAAAAGCUUCAUAAAGCUCAAGGCUUUGGUGGAUA